AUGGAAGCAUUUAAGGGAACGUCUCAGUUAGCUAUCGACGAAUUUGGCCGACCAUUUAUUAUUCUUCGGGACCAGGAGAAGAAAAAGCGUCUGACUGGUAUACAGGCUCACAAGUCUCAUAUUUUGGCUGCAAAGUCUGUUGCUAAUACUCUUAGAACAUCCCUUGGACCUAAAGGAUUAGACAAGCUUCUUGUUAGCCCAGAUGGGGACGUGACUGUCACGAAUGAUGGCCGAACAAUUUUGGAAAAAAUGGAUGUACAGCACGAGAUCGCAAAGUUGCUGGUUCAAUUGAGUCAAUCUCAAGAUGAUGAGAUCGGUGAUGGUACCACGGGUGUGGUCGUUCUUGCCGGGGCCCUUUUGGAGCAGGCAGAGUCGCUUCUAGAUCGUGGCAUUCAUCCUGUUAGAAUUGCUGACGGCUUUGAGCUCGCUGCAAAGAUUUGUGUUGGUGUCCUGGACAAGAUUAGUGAGGAAUUCAAAUUUUCAAUUAAUGAUCGAGAGCCUCUUAUCAAAACUGCUAUGACCGCCCUUGGAUCAAAAAUUGUUAGCCGUUGCCAGAAGCACUUUGCGGAAAUGGCUGUAGACGCGGUCUUGUCUGUUGCUGACAUUAAGCGAAAGGAUGUUGACUUUGAGUUGAUCAAAGUGGAGGGCAAAGUCGGAGGCAGACUUGAGGAUUCAAUUCUUGUGAAGGGAGUCAUUGUUGACAAGGACUUCUCCCACCCUCAAAUGCCCAAACAGGUCAAUGAUGCUAAAAUUGCUAUCCUCACAUGCCCGUUUGAACCGCCAAAGCCGAAAACAAAGCACAAUCUUUUCGUCGAAAACGCUGAAGACUACCGAAAACUACGCCAAUAUGAGCAAGACAAAUUUGUUGAAAUGGUCGACAUGGUUAAGAAAACCGGAGCUAACUUGGUAAUCUGCCAAUGGGGCUUUGAUGACGAAGCUAACCAUCUGCUUUUGAGCAAACAGCUUCCCGCCGUGAGGUGGGUAGGUGGUGCUGAAAUAGAACUUAUCGCCAUUGCUACCGGUGGACGAAUCGUUCCACGCUUCGAAGAGCUAACUGCUGAAAAACUCGGCCAUGCCGGAGUCGUUCGGGAGCUGUCCUUCGGUACGACGAAGGAUUGCAUGCUCGUAAUUGAGGACUGCGACAACUCCAAGGCCGUGACAUGUUUAAUCCGCGGGUCCUCCAAGAUGAUUGUCGACGAGGCAAAGCGCUCUCUACACGACGCUCUGUGCGUCGUGCGCAAUCUUGUUCGUGACCCGCGCGUUGUCGCCGGUGGUGGCGCCUGCGAGCUGGCGUGUGCGAUUAAAGUUGCGGCGGAAGCAGACAAGAUCUCUACGAUCGAACAGUACGCAAUGCGCGCCUUUGCGGACGCCCUUGAGGCGAUUCCGGUGGCGCUGUCUGAGAACGCCGGUCUGCCCUCAAUCGAGACUGUUGCCUACGUGAAGGGACGCCAAGUUCAGGAAAAUUGCCCCAACCUCGGAAUCGACUGUCUUCAAGCUGGAACCUGCGACAUGCGCGAACAAAACGUCUUCGAAACGCUCACUUCCAAGCGUGCUCAGAUAAUGCUUGCUGUCCAGUUGUGUAAAAUGAUUCUGAAAAUUGACGAUAUUCGCACCUCCGUUGAUGAGAUGUAA